GUCGCUCUCAGUUUUUCUCCGUGGAGGAGGGAACUGAGCGACGUGAGCACUGAAAUUUGACCUUGCCUUACGAGAAAUCUUCAUUUGACAGUGAGUGGACGCGUUAAGAGGAUACUGUUGCUCUGCAGUUGGCUCACCAUAACUGUGAAAGAGGGGGAAAGUCAAUAAACAGGCUGACUGACCUUGUGUUUGGGUUUGUUGUUUGUGAUAAGCUGUUUAUUUUAGAUUUUUUUAAAAAAAAUCCCCGUCAUGAACAUGGAUGAGGACAGCAAAGUACCUGAAGAUCUCUCUCUAGGAGAAAGAGAUGAAUUGUCCAACAUUCGACGAAGGAAAAAAGAAUUACUUGAUGACAUUGAACGGUUAAAGUUUGAGAUUGCUGAAGUGAUGACAGAGAUUGAACAUUUAACAUGCAUGGGAGAGACAAAGACCAGUCAGCGGAAAAAACAGAUGGCUAUUGGAAGAAAGAAAUUCAAUAUGGAUCCUAAAAAGGGUAUCCGGUUUCUUUUGGAUAAUGACCUUUUGCAACACACACCUGAGGACAUUGCACAGUUCCUAUACAAAGGAGAGGGCUUGAAUAAAACAGUCAUCGGAGAUUAUUUAGGGGAAAGGGAUGAUUUUAACAUCAGCGUUCUGCAGGCCUUUGUGGAACUUCAUGAGUUUGCGGACCUCAACCUAGUGCAAGCUUUACGGCAGUUUCUCUGGAGCUUCAGACUCCCGGGUGAGGCUCAGAAGAUUGAUCGGAUGAUGGAAGCUUUCGCAUCGCGAUAUUGCCAGUGCAACCCAGGCGUCUUCCAGUCCUCAGACACGUGCUAUGUCCUGUCAUUCUCCAUCAUUAUGCUCAAUACCAGUCUGCACAACCCCAAUGUCAGGGACAAGCCCACUGCUGAGAGAUUCAUCUCUAUGAACCGUGGCAUCAAUGAAGGUGGUGACCUGCCAGAGGAGCUGCUCAAGAAUUUAUACGAAAGCAUUAAAAACGAGCCCUUCAAGAUCCCUGAAGAUGAUGGCAAUGAUCUGACGCACACGUUCUUCAAUCCAGACAGGGAAGGAUGGCUGCUGAAGCUAGGAGGAAGAGUGAAGACGUGGAAAAGGAGAUGGUUCAUUCUCACUGAUAACUGCUUGUAUUACUUUGAAUAUACAACAGACAAAGAGCCUCGAGGGAUCAUUCCACUGGAGAACCUCAGCAUAAGAGAGGUGGACGAGCCAAGAAAACCAAACUGUUUCGAGCUCUACAACCCAAGACAUAAAGGUCAGGUGAUCAAGGCGUGCAAAACAGAGGCAGACGGAAGGGUUGUAGAGGGGAACCACGUGGUGUACAGAAUAUCAGCACCUACUCCUGAGGAGAAAGAGGAGUGGAUCAAAUCCAUCAGGGCCAGCAUCAGCAGGGACCCUUUCUACGAGAUGCUGGCGAGCAGAAAGCGGCGGGUCGCCACUAAGAAGUGACAGCAGGAUGACCUUUGCCAGGUGCUGAUCUCUACCAGAGAGUCUAUUGUCUGCUCAUCUACAGGGGAGCGUAUUAAAUCACGCCGGAACCUGAAGGAGGUUAGCUGCAAGACACAGAGACCUCCACUCCGAGCAUCACAGACUCUCAGCAAUAAAACACUUCAUGGUUGGUGCAUACUUUUAAUGUGGUAAUCUGCAGCAAAGCUUCAGUAUUCGUCAUUUUCUGGUGAGAAAAUUGACAAAAUGGACAUUUCCUUGUGGUACAUUUUUUCAGGAUAGCUGUGAUUUUAACACAGUCUCUCUCCUACUGUAUGUACACCAAUAUAAACUCUGGAGGCUCAGCACCAGAAUGAAACACACCGACACUGCUGAGAGUCAGUACCACACUGCCCUCUAUUGAUCAAUUGCAGGAAUUACCACACAUUCAUACUAAUAUUAUUUUGUAGAAUUGAACUCAUUUACAUACUCUCUAUUUACCUCAGAAUUGGGAUUUUGAUAACAGUGCAAAGUGGUCAAAAUCAUUUUUAGGGACCACAAUUUUCUGCAAUUUGCCCUUGGGGGUGUCGGCUUUUACAGUAAAUGAAUUAUACCAUUAUUUAAAAUGAUUGUAUUAUCACAGAUGUAUCAUGAGACCAAAAUCAGCAGGACUGAUUAUGUAGAGUUUUGCAAUACUACUAUACUGAACUGUUUUGAAAAGUCAUAUAGAAAAAUGAAGGGUGUUUCUGUUAUGUCUCUGAUGCUUUAAAUGUUUCAAGUGAAACUAAGACUUUGGUUACAUGAUUUUAUUAUAAUAAACUAUUUAUUUUACCCCAAUUGUCCCAGGACUAGUUAACUCUGACUUCCCCCUAAAUCACAGAAUAAAAAUAGGCCAUUUAUUUGAGUUACGAGUAUUUUCAUUAAUAUUAAACAGCAAACAAUGCUUGCAAUUUUUUUUUUUUUUAAAUAAAAAAUGUGAAUGUCUACGGUGAACUAAAAUUCAGCAAGUGAUAAAUAAAAUGGAAAUUCUAAGAAUAAUUUUUAAAAAUGGUAUUGUAUUAACUGUUGCACAGCAAAGACAGACAAAGCUUUUCUUUUUUUUUUUUUUUUUUAUCCAAAAGGCAAGAAUAAACCUCACCCUGUACAAAGCCACACACUCAACCCAUCGUCACAUACAUAUCCAUUCAUCCCAACGCAAAUCUGUAAACAUACUGAGAAAAUAUUACAAUUGUAGACGUUAAGGCCUAUUCCCUCUCAAUUAAUAUAGAAUGUACAACGUAGAAUUUUUGGACAUGCUACAGUAAAAUGUAGGAUUUGAAUAUAACCAUUUUCACUUAUUUUUGUCAAAAAAAAAAAAAAAAAAAAAAAAAGUGGUGUUGUGGGGGGGUAUUUUAGAGCAUGGCCUACAUUAUGCUGAGUGGUAUUUCUAAAAGAAGUGUUUAUACUGAACUCCUGAUACAGGAUUGCAAACAAAUAACUGAUAGUACAGUUGAACUUAAAUUCACAGUAUUUGUAACACGAAAAAUAAAGAUUAAAAACCUACGCACAAAAUAAUCCACAGCCAUACAUGAUCUAAUGCAAUGUACAUUUUUCCUAUGUGAAGAAAAUUGGACAAGACCAUAUAUAAUGCCAUUAGAUAGGUCCUGGAGUUUUACAGUCUCGAGUUUAAAAGAAAUGAUAAAAAUGGGGAAAGUAAAAUGUCAGAAAAUGUCAAGUGUGUCCAGGUUAACUGUGGUGUAAGUGCACACAAAGCACUCGUAAUAUCCAUUCCGUUGAGAUUUUAAACAGAAAUGUGACAUCGGUGACAUCAUAGCUUGCAGUCAGGAGGCAGUCUUUCCACUUUUUAUGCAGCAUUUUAGUUCACUUUUUUCCAUCAUUCCCAGGUACGCAUCCUUAAAGGGAGAAUGUGUGUCAUCUUCACAAGUGAGAAAGUCCUGAGUCUAUGUCUGAGCAGCAGUUUUGAUGUUAAAGCUCCAGGCUUCUUCUUCCAGGUUAAGUGUGUAUAUAUAUAUAUAUUUAUAUUUUUUUUUUUACAUUUUUCCAUUGAGUUUUUCUUCAAAGUUCAGCUGUAUAGCAUGGUAAAAAAAAUCCUUAACCCUAAAAAAAAAAAAAAAAAUUUAAAGCAUUUUUGUUGCAAAAAAUACAUUAUGUCUUUAUUGAAUAAAGCACCUUUACAAUA